GUUUUUCCAUUGGCGGAGAUUCACAUAGACUACAUAUAUUCUCUGUAAUUUACCUUCUUCUUUUUUUUUUCUUUUUUCUGAAUUUGGAUCGAAAAUCAUAUAUAUAGAUGAACCCAGAAAGCCUUGUUGCAUCAGCGGCCAUUAACAUAGGCUUGGCCUUGGUUCUUCUGUCUCUCUUCUCCAUCCUCAAAAAACAACCUUCAAACGCCGACGUUUACUACGCACGUCGUCUUUCCAAGAACCACCUUCUUAACUUUGAUUCCUAUUUCACUCUGCGCCGCUACCUCCCCACUGUCUCUUGGAUUUCUCGAGCUUUUCGAGUCACCGAAGAUGAAAUAAUCGAUGCCGCAGGACUUGAUGCUCUUGUUGUAAUCAGAUUCUUCAAGUUUGGUAUCAAAUUCUUUGUGGUUUGCUCUGUAGUUGGAUUGUUAAUACUUCUUCCAACUAAUUAUGAUGGUCAAGAACGACCAUCUAGGACCAAUCAUUCCAUGGAUUCUUUUGCUAUAUCCAACAUUAAGAGUGGUUCUAACAGGCUUUGGGUACAUUUUUCUUGUUUAUGUUUUGUAUCUCUCUAUGGAUUAUAUCUACUAUAUAAGGAGUAUAAAGUGAUUUUGGCUUUAAGGAUUCAACAGCUUCGGCGAGUUAGGCAUCGACCUGAACAGUUUACUGUUCUUGUCCGAGAAAUUCCAUUCUGUGUCGAGCACAAGGCUCGUGCUUGUUGUGUCGAUCAUUUCUUCCUUAAACACCUUCCAUUUACAUACCACUCGUAUCAGAUUUUAUAUGAUGGAAAAGAUCUUGAGGAGUUAUUGAGACAGGCAAAGGUGAUUGCAAAAAACAUAGAGGACUUAAGUCAGGGUGGUGCUGGGGUUGAGAAACACAAAAGAGAAGCUUCACUCUUGGAUCAAUCUGAAAAGGAUGUUGCAAAACUAUCUUUGCAGCAGGAAAAGCUUGAAGAACUUCGACUCAAGAUUCAACAAUUACAGUGUGAACAUAUGCUGAAAGAAAAGGAGUUGCCUGUUGCAUUUGUUACAUUCAAGUCUCGGUUGGAUGCUGCACUAGUUUCCCAAUCUCAGCAGCACUCACAUCCACUUAUUUGGAUCACUGAAAUGGCUCCAGAACCAAGGGAUGUAUCAUGGAGAAAUUUGACAAUUCCAUACAGAAUAUUGCCGCUUUGCAAUCUUGUUGUCGUUCUUGCAGCAGCCUUUCUUACACUUUUCUUUGCUAUUCCAGUCACCGCGGUUCAAGGGAUAGCUAAAUUCGAAAAAUUAAAGAAAUGGUUUCCCCCAGCCAUGGCCGUGCAGUUGAUACCAGGAUUAAGGUCUAUUGUAACAGGGUAUCUUCCAAGUUUCAUUCUUAAUGGGUUUAUCUACCUUGUUCCUUUUGCAAUCCUUGGAAUGGCUAAACUAGCUGGCUGUUCCUCCAAGAGCAAGGAGGAGAUAAAAGCUUGCAAUAUGGUCUUCUAUUUUCUGGUGGGAAAUGUGUUCUUUCUGAGCUUAAUAUCGGGUUCUUUACUCGACGAGAUUGGGGAAUAUCUUAGUCAUCCUAGAAAUAUCCCUGCUCACCUAGCCAGCGCUGUCUCUGCUCAAGCAGAUUUCUUUGUGACAUAUAUACUGACAAAUGGGCUAUUAGGGUUUUCAUUAGAGAUUCUUCAACCAGGGUUACUUUCGUGGAAAGCUAUAAAGUCUUGUUGUAGAUAUGGGCGUGGAAAGGAAAAAGACCCUUUUCUCUUUUCAUUGCCUUACUAUAGAGUAAUUCCUUUGGUUGCUCUGUCAGUACUGAUUGGUAUGGUAUAUGCAAUUGUUGCACCACUGCUGCUCCCAUUUCUUGUCGGCUAUUUCUGUCUAGGCUAUGCUGUGUAUAUCAACCAGAUUGAAGAUGUAUAUGACACAGUAUACGAGACUUGUGGACAGUAUUGGCCAUACAUUCAUCACCAUAUUCUUGUCGCAGUCAUUCUCAUGCAAAUUACUAUGAUUGGACUGUUUGGACUGAAAGCAAAGCCAGCUGCAUCCAUUUCUACAAUCCCAUUACUCAUUUUGACUGUGUUGUUCAAUGAGUACUGCAAGAUCCGCUUUCUACCUACAUUCUACAACUACUCUAUUCAGAACGCCAAGGAAAAUGAUGAUCUUGAUGAGAAAAACAAUCAUCUAGAAAUCAACAUUGAGAAUGCAAGCAGUGCCUAUUGCCCACCUUGUUUGCAACCUUGGAACUUCAUGGAGUCAGUGUCAAGUUCUACAGACCCUUUGGUAUCUUCUCAAGAUUUAAAGAUAAACGAUCUAAGCCCUUGAAAGAUCAAGUGAAACUCAAUUGAACUUGUACACUUGAUCAUCUGAUUUCAGAUUCAUCUACGGCUAAGGAGGCAGCCAAUGAGAGUAUCAACAAAUAUUUCGGUGCCAUGAAAAUGCAGGGUUUCUUUUCAUGAAUUUGAGAGUUAUGAAAUGGAGUUGCCAUUAUCAUGAUAUGGUCCACGCUGCAAUUAUUACGAGCUCCUGUUGCAUAAGCUUGAAAGGGAACCGUCAUUUACCAAGCAGAUUUAGACUAAUUUGGUUAAAUUGAUAUUUGCCUUUUGAAACGAGACUUUUCCUCCUCUUCCGUUUAAAUUUUGCAUUUUUUGAAAAAUGAUGUUAAAUGGCACAUGGAAUGCUUUUUAUUGAUUCCUAACUUAGACGACUCAGCGUCCAUAUAAUGUUUGAUAGCCAGCUUGAAAGCAACUUUUUCUUGCAUCUUGAUUUUCAGUAGGUAGAUGGUCCUGUCUUAUUACUCAAUCCAGCUGCUACUAGUAUAUUUUCAAACAAAAAGAGACUUUUUAGCAGGGAAGAUCCAUAUUCAUUUUGAAUAAAAUUGUGCUACUUUUCAAUGGUAAAACACUAUUGUUAUCCUUUUCUAUUUUUCUUUUUUUUUUUUUUCUUUUUUUUUUUUGAAUAAAAACACUCUCGUUAUCCUUAAAAGUAAAAAUUUAUACAUUUUUAGAUAUUCAUAGAGCUCAAUAAGCUUAGGAAAAUUCAUGAUUUUUUUUUUUUUUUUUAAUGUUUCUUGAAUGAAGAGGCACCUUUACAAUAAAAACACAUGAACUAAAAAGCAUAAUCCAAGACAGAAUUAGAGGCAAGCUAAGUGUUUUUCCCUGAUACUUAAGGUGUAAAUACACGAGCUGUACCAUUUGACGGUAGCAAAAAAGCAUACAGGUAGCAGUUAGGAGAGCUCAUUAAUGCAAAAUAAUGGAACAAGAGCAGCAAACUAAGCUAACUAGAAGAAAAGUCACUAUUUCAUAGUUAGAAUUAAUCUCAAGCCUAAUUAUUUUGAGCAAGUCGGUUGAGAGCCUCGUAACACUUUCCUAAGCUUGCUAUAUAUAUUCCACAAUCCGUUAGCACUGAUCACUCACUCAAAGCUCCAUUGACACUUAUCUCGAGCUUUGAUUUGAAAGCCUUUUUCUAUCACUUGGGGUACCCAAAUAGAAGGGUUUCAUAAUGAAGGUCCAUUCUCUUUUCAAUGGAGCAUUUUUGGGCAUCUUGCUCUGCCUCUUUGCUGUGAGCUUCAGUCAUGCUUCUUCAGAGCUCAAUGAGGAAGAUACAUUCAAAGGUUUUCCACAUCCACAUAUACCAGUUUACAAGAAACCACCAGUACAUAUUCCAAAAGUACCAAUCCAUAAGAAACCAUUCCCGCCACAUAAUCCAACUCUAGAGAAGCCACUCCAACCAGACUCAUUCUUUAAGAAACCAGUUCCAGUUUACAAAAAGCCUUAUUAUUCUCAUCCCAUCUUCAAGAAACCACUUCCCCCACCCAUUCCAAUCUAUAAGAAACCACUUCUUCCACCCAUUCCAAUCUAUAAGAAACCAAUUCCUCCAUCCAUUCCAAUCUAUAAGAAACCACUUCUUCCACCCAUUCCAAUCUAUAAGAAACCAAUUCCUCCAUCCAUUCCAAUCUAUAAGAAGCCCCUUCCUCCACCAAUCCCAAUUUUCAAAAAGCCAUUUCCACACCCAGUUCCAGUCUACAAAAAGCCAUUUCCACACCCAGUUCCAGUCUACAAAAAGCCCUAUACUCAUCCAAUUUUCAAGAAACCAUUUCCCAAAAAGCCAUUUCCUCCACCAAUUCCAAAUUAAGGCCUCCUAGAUCAGCCUAGUAAGGUGGGAGGAUGGGGUUUGGGACUUAUAUAUUUAGUAGAGCAAUAAAAACCUUUUAAGGAAACAAGAAAAAAUCCAGAGGGAUGAAAAAAAUAUAUAUAAAAAAAUGAAGGGCCAAAUAGAUGUUGUUGUUAUCUAAUGUUGAUUGUUUAAUGUAAUGCGAUAUUUAAUUAUAUUAUUGCUGUGUAAAAUGGAAAUAUUUAAUUGUAUUAUUGUCGUGUACAAUGGAAUAUUUGUACUAUUAUCCUUACCAUAAUGGAAAUAACUUAUUUUUAUUUUGAA